UCCCUAGACAAAGAGGAGAAGGCACGGCCAGAGGUAGCUGACAUAUGUCGACUUAAGAGAAGAAACUAAAUGCAGAAUGUUGUAGAGCAAACUCAAAGAGAGGCAGAGUGAGACCGGAUUGCCGUAAACCUGAUGUCAGUGCGAUGCAUCACAUCUUAAUCUGAGAAGGAGAGAGACAGGAAGGAGGAAGAAGGAAGAGGUAAAUAAGAGAGAAGACGGACGAGGUGUAGGUGAGGAGGGUGGAGUUAAGAAAACACUGAAGGUGGACAAACAGAGAGCAGCACAUUGAUCCCCUGAGUCUGACAAAUCACCAGAGAAAAACAAAGACAAUGAAGAUCUGAGCAGCAAGGCUGAACCCGGACUCCACAUUCAGCUGGGAGGAUGUGUGAAAAGUGUCUGACUGUGUGAAGGAGGGAAACAUGAGCCUGAAAUAACAGGAUCAAACAUUUUCUUUGGGCUAUAGGACACAAACUGAAGGGAGCUGAGGAUGUCUUCAUUAUCAGAAGCAGACUUCCGCUGCAAUCACGGAGAUACAAUUUGUGAGAUCCGUGUGUAUGAGCAGGAGGUGAUCGUUGUGCCAAUCUUGCUGCUGUCCAGCUUCCUGGUCACUCUGGUCUUCAUUAUCCUGCUACGCUAUUGUCCGGAGAGAGUCGAUCGCAUCCGUCCACAGACCACAAAGGCGCCCACCAGGAGAGUGCUGCAUGGGAUUGAUGCUCCACCAGGUAUCAAUGUCCUGGAGCAUGAAAGCAUUGCUCUGGACAUGCCCAGUUCCUACUCCACCUUCCACCCCCCGAACACUUACCCCUCCAAAAGCCUCUCCAUGUCUGUGGCCACACCUUCUUUCCAACCCAGCCCCCCACCGCAGCCCUUCAAACCCAGUUUCACUCCCAUUGUCCAGCCCAGAGAGCUGCCCCGCCAGAGGCUGCCCGAGUCCUUCAACCUGGUCUCCCCUCUGCCUACUUCCUUCUCCCUGCGCUCCGACUCCUCUGUGUCCCUCUACAGGGCACGCAUGGAAAACAGGAAUGUGGUGCUGCGAGUUCUAAAUGACUCCGCUGAUGCCACAGAAAGACACAACUUCCUGGGAUUUGCAUCCUUCUUGGCCCAGCUGGGACCACAUCCCUUCCUGCCAGAGCUUCUUGGUGUGGUCUCACUUCGAGCUCCUCUGGUUACAGUCGUGGAAGAGCUGGAGAACAGAGACAUGCUCAGCUUCCUGUGGCGAUGCAGACAGGAAAAGGUGGAUCCUCCGUGUGAAAUGACUGAGAGAAGAAUAUUCUCCAUGGCCAAACAGGUGGCCUCAGCACUGGAGUUCCUUCACAGCAAAGAUCUUCUCCACGGAAACAUUCGUGCCCGUAGCGUACUGGUCACCAAAGAGUUCACAGCCAAGCUUUGGGGCCUGCAUGGGGUCUACACAAGGAAGAACCAGGGAGCCACUCAGAAAGAUGAUCCCAGCAUGAAGAAAUGGCAGGCACCAGAGCUGUUAGCCAAGAGACCAGCUGGUCAGAGCAGCGACAUCUGGUCCUUUGGCAUCUUACUGUAUGAAAUGGCAACAUUGGGUGAAGCUCCGUUUGCAGACAUCUCAGUUAAUGAGCUUCUGCAGUUUCAUCAACGAGGGAAAAAUCUGAAAAAACCUUCAAACUGUUCCAACGCGCUAUACGCCAUCAUUAAGGGUUGUUGCCAGUGGAAGGAUCAAGAUCGACCCUCUCUGGAUGAGGUGAGCCGAAAGCUCCUCUCAGGAGAGAAAAGUGCCUCUGAAAAAGUCCUCAAGGUGUCAGGGACAGUUAACAUUGAGCAGUACCUGCAGCAGGCAGGAUAUGGGGAAACCAACAGCUACACUGUUUUCUGAUCAGUGCCCAUGCCAGCAAAAUAAACUGCACUAUUCUCCCCAGUGGUACCCCAAAGGUGCACUUGUACAAAAAAAUAUCUUUUAGGUGCAAUAAAAGUGUUUCAAACUCUGUUUAUGAGAACUUUGGGACCCAAAAUUGUUUUGUUAUGUAUUAUCUUACUUCAGUAAAUGAGGAAAAAUGGCAUGUAAAAUGGGUUGUUUAUCUUUGGAAGCCAUUCAUUUUCAUCUAAGACCUCAUUUUUGUGUGUCCUUGUCUGUAUAGGCUAUUCCUAUUCCUUUGAGGUUUAGUUGGGGAGAUACAAAGGGGAAAUUUUCUAGUAGUACACUUUAAGAAAUGUAAACUUGACCUAUGUACAGCUGCUGCAUCAUGAACUUGUAGUUGAUACUGUCAAUAUAUGAUGGUUACAAAUCUUGUUUACAAUCUGAAGCAAAUGUAUAUUAACAGAUGUAUUAUAUGUUAUAACCAUGUUUUUGUAUGAUUCUAUAUUAUGCAUUAUGGAAAUGAAGGGUACAUAAAUGUAUUUAUGCUAUUAUAGCGUUCAAUAUUUUCUCUAUGAGCUGUUUACACAAACUCAAAUGUGAAUGAAAAUAGCACAGGUCCUACAAUAAUCUUUUCCCAUUUUCAAGUGGGCAUCAUGGGGGUAAUAAAAGCACACACAUGUCCAGUAA